GAUUGGCUGAACCGGAGCAGACCGCGUGACGUCACCGCGUGCCGUCUCUGUGGAUGUGCCGGAGCCUGUCUUAAACCUGCUGCGGGACUGAGACACAACCGCGACUAUUCUGCUCCAAAACAGCGUCUAAAACCGCAACUAAAGCCAUGUCUGACUUCUCUGAUGACCAGAUUAUAGAGUUCAAGGAGGCGUUCAUGCUGUUCGAUCGCACCGGAGAAGGAAAGAUCUGCUUCAGUCAGUGUGGAGACGUCAUGAGAGCUCUGGGACAAAACCCCAUCAACGCCGAGGUCCUCAAGGUCCUCGGGAACCCCAAGAUGGAAGAGAUGAACUACAAGAUGUUGGACUUUGAGCAGUUCUUGCCGAUGCUUCAGGCCAUCGCCAAAAACAAAGAGCAGGGGUCGUUCGAGGACAUCGUGGAGGGUCUGCGGGUCUUCGACAAAGAGGGAAACGGGACAGUGAUGGGGGCGGAGCUACGGCACGUCCUCACCACUCUGGGUGAGAAAAUGUCUGAGGAGGAGGUGGAGACUCUUUUAGCUGGACAUGAAGACGCCAACGGCUGCAUAAACUAUGAAGACCUCGCGCGAAUGGUCAUGAACGGCUGAAGUCUGGACCACAGCUGACCACACCAGACCUCCGCUUUAAAUCCUCCAUGUUUUUGUUUCGUCUUGUGUCUGAGCCAUGUGUAGUUUCUUCAGUCCCUCUGUUUUGUUUUCGGUCCUGGUGCCUUUUGUCCCUCGUGAAUCUGAAACGUUUAUUUCUGCUUCUGGCGAGAGUCUUUUGGACUGUACCAGUGUGGAUAUGUGAAUAUGAAAAUGUGAAAAUGUGAACUCAGUAUUGAAUAAAAUGCCAUGUUUUACCAUUUGG